CCGGGCGAUGCUGAGCCUCCCGCAAAGGUGGUGCGCUCCGGGCUUGUCUAGCCCAGCCCCGCGGGGUUGACUCUGAGCUUCCCACAGUCGCGCAAGACUCUUAGAGCCUCCGCGAUGCUGCCGCUGCCCUCGCUGCGCCGAUCCCUGCUGUCCCACGCCUGGAGGGGCGCUGGGCUGCGGUGGAAGCACGCCUCCUCUCUGAAGGUGGCCAAUGAGCCCAUCUUAGCGUUCACUCAGGGCAGCCCUGAGCGGGAUGCACUGCAGAAGGCUCUGAAGGACCUGAGGGGCCAGACGGAAGCCAUCCCUUGUGUUGUUGGGGAUGAGGAGGUGUGGACCUCUGACGUGCAGUACCAGCUGUCGCCCUUUAACCAUGGACACAAGGUGGCUAAGUUCUGUUAUGCUGACAAGGCCCUGCUCAACAAAGCCAUCGAAGCUGCGUUGGCUGCCAGGAAGGAGUGGGACCUGAAGCCUGUGGCAGACCGGGCCCAGGUCUUCCUGAAGGCGGCAGAUAUGCUGAGUGGGCCCCGAAGGGCUGAAGUCCUUGCCAAGACCAUGGUGGGACAGGGCAAGACCGUGAUCCAAGCAGAGAUUGAUGCUGCGGCCGAACUCAUCGACUUCUUCAGGUUCAACGCCAAGUUCGCUGUGGACCUGGAAGGGGAACAACCCAUCAGUGUGCCACCCAGCACCAACCGUGUGGUGUACCGGGGGCUGGAGGGCUUCGUGGCAGCCAUUUCUCCCUUCAACUUCACCGCAAUCGGAGGCAACCUGGCAGGCGCUCCUGCCUUAAUGGGCAACGUGGUUCUGUGGAAGCCCAGUGACACUGCCAUGCUGGCUAGCUAUGCCGUCUACCGCAUCCUCCGGGAGGCCGGCUUGCCUCCCAACGUAAUCCAGUUUGUGCCAGCUGAUGGGCCAACCUUCGGGGACACGAUCACCAGCUCAGAGCACCUCUGUGGCAUAAACUUUACAGGCAGUGUGCCCACCUUCAAACACCUGUGGAAGCAGGUAGCCCAGAACCUGGACCGGUUCCGUACCUUCCCACGCCUGGCUGGAGAGUGUGGCGGGAAGAAUUUCCAUUUCGUGCACAGCUCGGCCGACGUGGACAGCGUGGUGAGCGGGACGCUGCGCUCAGCCUUCGAAUACGGUGGUCAGAAGUGCUCAGCCUGCUCUCGCCUCUACGUGCCUCAGUCGCUGUGGCCGCAGAUCAAAGGGCGACUGCUGGAGGAGCACAGCAGGAUCAAAGUGGGGGAUCCCGCAGAGGACUUUGGGACCUUCUUCUCCGCAGUGAUUGAUGCCAAGGCCUUCGCCCGCAUUAAGAAGUGGCUGGAGCAUGCGCGUUCCUCGCCCAGCCUCAGCAUCCUGGCAGGGGGCCAGUGUAACGAGUCGGUGGGUUACUACGUGGAGCCAUGUAUUAUUGAGAGCAAGGACCCACAGGAGGCCAUCAUGAAGGAGGAGAUCUUUGGGCCUGUGCUGACAGUGUAUGUGUACCCAGAUGAUAAAUACAGAGAGACGCUGCAGCUGGUCGACAGCACUACCAGCUAUGGCCUCACGGGGGCAGUGUUCGCUCAGGAUGAAGCGAUUGUCCAGGAAGCCACGAGGUGGCUGAGGAACGCCGCUGGCAACUUCUACAUCAACGAUAAGUCUACUGGGUCCGUGGUGGGCCAGCAGCCAUUUGGUGGCGCCCGGGCUUCAGGAACUAAUGACAAGCCAGGAGGCCCCCACUACAUCUUACGCUGGACGUCACCCCAGGUCAUCAAGGAGACUCAUAAGCCCCUGGGGGACUGGCGAUACCCCUACAUGCAGUGAGCCCCUGCCCAGCACGUCUGUCCAUCCAGACGACUGACAUCUCUGCACUGACCCCCUGCUCCCCACCAGUUCCUCCUGGACUCUCUACAGCUGAGCUGGCCCCUGUCCUGGCCACUGGUGCCUGUCCUUGGAAUCAGGGGCCCAGGCUUUGGCUUUGGGUCAUAUUGGGGAGGAUCAGCCAGUCCAUCCAGAAAUCUCAUCCUCUGCAGAACACCCUGGUGCCUGGCAGGUUCUCCAGCCGUCUGCUUUUCUCUCCUCAUGCUGGGCCCAGUGACUCAGAGGCCCUCAGGAUAGAGAGGGAUACUCUCAGGCUGUCGGGGACGGAGACAGCUCUGGUGUCCUGUAGCCUCACCACUCAAAGACCCCCUGACCUUGGCUUUGUCCCCUACACAUGUCCAGUGACAUAGGACCUCAGCCAGAUGGCUCCAGGGGCACCCGCUGGCUUUGCCCCUUGGUCUGGGCUAGCUCCUCCUGCCGGGGCACCAGCUGGCUUUGCCCCUUGGUCUGGGCUAGCUCCUCCUGCCGGUACUUACGUCCAGCCAUAUGCCUUAGACCAAUGUGCCUUCUUCCAGGGUGCCUGCAUGUCCCCGAGCCUUCAUCCCUCCUGGCCACCUGCUUGGAAGUGACCAGUGGUGGUCAUCCCAUACAGGCUGAAUCUGGGAAAUCUUGAGGUGUGCCUCCAUUCCAUACUCUUUGUUUUUCCGAGACAGGGUUUCUCUGUGUAGCCCCUGCUGUCCCGGAACUCACUCUGUAGACCAGGCUGGCCUCGAACUCAGAAAUCCACCUGCCUCUGCCUCCCAGUGCUGGGAUUAUAGGCGUGCGCCACCACCGCCCGGCCAUUCCAUACUCUUGUGGGAAGCAGCCAGCCCAGGGGUAGCCAGGGUGAGCUCCUGCUUGGGUCCUGGAUAAUCAAGUAUUUCUAGUGGCUUGAGAGCACACGUGCCUUUCAAGGACUUUUGCCAGGAUCCACAUGGAGCUGGUCUAGCUGUCACCCAGGGCUGCCCCCGUCACACUCAGGGGCGGGUACCAGUCCCAGGCCAGCUCUGUGUUCGGCUUCCUUUCAGGGCCCAGGUUGUUUCCCAGGGAGCAGGACUAGGCUGCAAAUGUCCCAAUUCUACACUGUGAGGGGGUGGGGCGCAUUUACUGCCACCCGAGGAAAUGCCAGAUAUCUACUCAAAAUGGCCGGGGAGGGAAGUGAGGGGUAGACUGGCUUCUCAUUCCUAAUCUAAUGAACUGCCAGUGUGUUGUCAUGUGGUUCUAUGUGAUGUCUUGGGGGUGGGGGAAGUAGUGACUCCAGAGCCCAGUGGCUGGGUUUAGAGAUGGCUUUCUGUCGUUCCCCCCACCGAACCCCCAAGGCGGUCACCAAGAAAUCAUGUAAAUUCUCCAACCUUCCAUGUCUAAAAUGCUGAUGGUUCCCUCAUGGACACAGAGGGUCGAUGAGCUAAUCCCUGUGGAGUUCAGACAAAUGAUCAGAAAUGUCACCUGUUUGUUCCCCAACACUAUGUGCUGUGGUGGCUGAUCUUAAAAAAACGUGUCAGCUUUGCUGGGCCACGGUCCCCAGAGACCUGGUCAACCAUCGUGGAAGUUUCUUUGAAGGAGCGGUAAAGCUUAAAUAGGACUCUUACACUUUGAUUGUGUGUGGUUUUUGCAUGUACGGUGCAUGUUUGUACAGGUGCCCACAGAGGCCACAAGGGGUGGGUCGGAAGAGUUGGGGCUGGUGUUACAGGCCUUUGUGAGCUUACAUCUAAAUUCUAGUUGCCUGAUAAAGCAGUGAGCGCUCUAUCCGAUGGGCUGUCUUUCUAGCUCCAGCGUGCUUGUUUGGAGACAUGGUCUUGCUAGGUAGCCCAGGUUAGCCUUGAAUCUGGUGCCUCGGCCAUCUAAGUGCUGGGUUUACCAGCCUGUGUCUCCAGGCCUGACUUUAAUUUGUACUGUGAGUGGGCCUUAUCUAUUGAAUGUUUAAAUAGAAUAGAGGAUGUGCUCACCCAGGAGGGGACUCUCCAGUUCUUACUGGUUUUCUGGUCUGCUCUAUUCAUCUUCCCGCUGUCCCUCUCUUCAAACCCACCUCCCUUUAUGUUCCAUGGAUUCCGUGUCCCCUGGAGAACCUUGGCUAAUAAACACGUCAAGGAC